GAGAUCAAUGGGUUACUCGCUGCAGAAAGAGGCAGAAGCAACGCAGGGAGGCAGAAAAGAACCAGGCAGAAAAGCAUGCCACCCGGGGGAAAUCAGGGACCAAGGAGGAGGUGGCCAGUGGCUACUCUGGAGGGAGCGCUCAAGUCUGGCUCAGCAGAGGAGGUGCCGUAAAGGAGAAGAGGGAGAAGCAGGAGGAAGACCUGCACCUUCAGGGAGGCACCAACGGGCAGCCACUGAACCAAGAGGCAGCCUCAGUCUGGCCGGUUCACCCAGGAUCAAGCGGGGCCUGGUGCCCAGAGUUGAGGUGCCCAUUGGAUGGGGAGAUGGCUGAUGCGCAGAACAUCUCGCUAGACAGCCCCGGGAGCGUGGGGGCUGUGGCAGUGCCUGUGGUGUUCGCCCUCAUCUUCCUGCUGGGCACAGUGGGCAAUGGGCUGGUGCUGGCCGUGCUGUUGCAGCCCAGCCCCGGUGCCUGGCAGGAGCCCGGUAGCACUACGGAUCUAUUCAUCCUCAACCUAGCGGUGGCCGACCUAUGCUUCAUCCUGUGCUGCGUGCCCUUCCAGGCCGCCAUCUACACACUGGACGCCUGGCUCUUUGGGGCCCUCGUUUGUAAGGCUGUGCACCUGCUCAUCUACCUCACCAUGUACGCCAGCAGCUUCACACUGGCCGCCGUCUCGGUGGACAGGUACCUGGCCGUGCGGCACCCGCUGCGCUCGCGGGCCCUGCGCACGCCGCGCAACGCCCGCGCCGCCGUGGGCCUCGUCUGGCUGCUGGCGGCGCUCUUCUCGGCGCCCUACCUCAGCUACUACGGCACGGUGCGCUACGGCGCGCUGGAGCUCUGCGUGCCCGCCUGGGAGGACGCGCGCCGGCGCGCCCUCGACGUGGCCACCUUCGCCGCCGGCUACCUGCUGCCCGUGGCCGUGGUGAGCCUGGCCUACGCGCGCACGCUGCGCUUCCUGUGGGCCGCCGUGGGCCCCGCGGGCGCGGCGGCGGCCGAGGCCCGGCGCAGAGCCACGGGCCGCGCGGGGCGCGCCAUGCUGGCGGUGGCCGCGCUCUACGCCCUCUGCUGGGGCCCGCACCACGCGCUCAUCCUCUGCUUCUGGUUCGGCCGCUUCGCCUUCAGCCCGGCCACCUACGCCUGCCGCCUGGCCUCGCACUGCCUCGCCUACGCCAACUCCUGCCUCAACCCGCUCGUCUACGCGCUCGCCUCGCGCCACUUCCGCGCGCGCUUCCGCCGCCUGUGGCCCUGCGGCCGCCGCCGCCGCCACCACCACCAGCACCACCACCACCACCACCACCAGCACCGCCGCCGCCGCUCCCGCUGCCCCCCGGGCGCCCGCCGCCGCGUCCGCCCCGCCGCCGCGGGCCCCGCCGGCUGCCCCGGGGACGCCGGGCCUCGCGGGAGGCUGGCGGCGGGCGGCGGCGGCCGGGGCGGGGAUCCGAGGGAAGAACCCGCCGGCGCCGGAGAGGCCACGACGCUACCAGGGGAUGGCGCCAGGCAGGACUCCUCCGAGGCGCACUGGCUGAGCUGGGGCUCCAGCCCGGUGGACGCCCCUGGGCGGCGAAAUUGGGUCCACCCAGCCAAGCGCAGCCCGCCCCCCCCUCCCCUCAGGCAGCCCCCAGACUCUGGCCAUAGCCAGUCUGGCACGAAGGCAGCUCCUCCGCCCACCCCCUGCAACUCGAUCAGCACCUUCGAGGCCCUGCUUUCUCCACCACCCUUCAUCGAGCCCCUUCUCCCUUUCAGGCCGUGCCCUGGGUAA